UUCUCCUAACAGUUGUGGGUUUUGUGGUUAUUAAAGGAUCAGGGAACCAUGCUGAAAUUUUUGUUUGAAGACCCAAUAAUCAUAUUUUUUUCUACUUGAAUCUCUUCUGUUUUCAUACAGAACUCAACAUUCCUUUCUUGGAUUUAAAGAAUCGAUGAGAGUGGCAGAUGUGAUUUCCUGGCAACUCUGUCUUUACCAUACUUGAAAAUAAGCAGAUCCCUCCUGGCUAUAUAUAAACACUGCCCAGGGCAAUUUGUCCUAUGGCAGCCUGUUUUCAAGUUACUUAUGGAUAAAGACCAUUUCAAGCAGUUAGAAUCAGAAAUGAGUGGAUAUUAUAAAAAAACUACUCCCAAAAGGAUUAUCUACUUUGUGGAUGGAGACACCAUGGAAGAAUAUAGCACAGAGGAAGAGGAAGAAGAGAAAGAUGAACAAAAUUCAACACUUGACCCUUCUAAACUCUCAUGGGGACCUUACAUAUGGUUUUGGGCAGGAAAGAUAGCAAGCAAUUCAUUUUCUACUUGUGAAUUCCUUGGUGGAAGAUUUGCUGUAUUCUUUGGUCUUACUGAACCCAAAUAUCAGUAUGUGCUGAAUGAGUACUAUAGAAUGCAAAGUAAGGAACAUGGCAAAGGAAGUGAAGGGGAUGGACCAAAGGCCCAGGGUGCUGAGGUUCCAAAUGAACAGUGUCACCUGGGGACUGGUGGCCAAGACUAUGGAACCAUCUCAUGCAGAGAAGGCCUGGUGACAGAUUCUAGAUCAUGAUGGGCAUCCGAAGCUCCAGUUCCCCUGCAUGCCUCUUCCUAGGGAUUACCAUGGCAACAGCACAAUAGAUGUCUCUUCUGAACUAGAUCUGAUCCUAAGCUCAUGACUUAAUUCUCAAAUAUUCAAAAAUUGUAUGUAACAAUGAAAAUGAUUUUAGAUACUUUUUCAAUAUAAAUUUUUACUUAUAAGCCCCCACUCUGACUUCACCCCAAUAAUAAAAUUCUA